GAUGUCCCAAAAUAUGCAACUUCAGCAGCUAUUAUUACAUCAGAUGAUUCCACUGUCAGCAGGACCACAUGCGACAGAAAGCACAGAACACAGGUAGCUAUUAAGGUCACACACAACCCUUGCUCAUUUAGUAAAAUAACCAAAACCAACUGGCACCAGUUUUGUGAACCUCAUAUUGCUGUAGAAGUUUUUGUGGAGCACUAGGCCUCCAUGCUUUAAUUACCAAUCACUUUGUACUUCUUCUCUUGCGGGUACACAGGGGUUUCAAUAAUAGCCGGGUAGCGGGUACUGAUCUUCCCGCUUGUAAUAAGUGGACUACCAGCUUGUAGCCAUCCUGGGUAGCCGUACACAAAUAACUAAGACCAGAUAAUUUCCUCGCAGUUAAGGAUUCUCUUCAAGAAAUUUGGCAAAAUAAGUCUUAUGUUAUAGGUAAAGAAAAAGAAAGGUACAAGAAACAACUUUCUAGCGUUAACCCAGCCUUUUGGACCACGAAAGAUGAAGGAAAGUGUAACCUAACGCACAAGAACAAUCGCUUCAAUAUGAAGUGAAAAAAAUGUGCCAGGCACUUCUGCUGAAAUCGAGAGGAAACUGGAACUAAGUAUGAAUAAAUGCAAUUGUUAUUAGCAUAUUUCGCUCUAGCGUCAAAACAAAAGAGGUCGAAGAAGAUUCUUCACAAGGUUAGUUGAGUAUAUUGAAAGGGACACAUUUCGGUGUUUAAGCUUUAAUAUUAUGCUUCUUUUCAUGGUGAAAUAUGAUGCAUCAUUCAUGAAUCAAUUUGAAUACGAAGGAUUAAAGUACGACAUGUUUUCAACCUCGUCUUUCUAAUUGAUUGACUUCUUGGACCUCUUGAUUAGGAUCGGAGCUAUCCUAUAAAUUAAAUGCUUUCAUUCUCUGAAAUUACUACUUUGUAGUUCAGUUAACAGUUACAUCACAAAACUUGUGACGGCAAGCAAGGCAAUUUAAGAUAACAUCAAUAUUAAUAAAGUUAUGUAGUAAUUCCUUUAUCAUUCAAUUCAUCAUUGAUGCCUGUGCCGCCCGUAACUGCCUGUGAUGAUCGCUGGGCUUUGUUCUACUUCUGACAUCAUCACCUUUGACCAAAAUUGGGAUCACUUGCACUCAAGUUCUGCAGGAGGAAAAGAUCUUUCCAGUGAUACCCAGGUCAGAGUGAUUAGCUUGCCAAAAGUGAGAACGUUGGAGGAUGAACAAAUUGGUAACCAAGAAAUGACACCAUUUACCUCCCUCCCAGUUAACAGACAUGUCGAAAAAGCCAAACCUCCUCCUUCAGUAAAGUGGCCACUAGUUCCUGCUCAAAGGAAGCCAUCACCAAAACCACUGGUGCCAAGAGGUAUUGCAAGUCCUGUCAGACCAACAGGAAGAAUGCCUGAACCUCACAUGAGACCUCAAACCACUGUAAAGCCUGAAGGAUUUCUCAACCAAGUUUCUAGGGAUGAAGACCAGUCAUAUCCUUUUCCUGGUCCUAGCAGAGUGCGGAAGCUACGGCAUUUUGGUUAUGUAGUCUGGGCAUGCUUCAUUCUUAUAUCACUCUCAAAAGAAGCAGCUCAGAGAAGACUGAGUGCCAUGGAACAUCUAAAUAGUCUUAUGAACCAAGCUAUUGAGGAACUCCAUACAAAACACUACCUAGACCAUGAUGGUUCUGUUUACUCCACACUCCAAGAUGCAGUUAAGGAUAGUGCUUUUGAUUUGAAAGUGAAAAAUACAGGUGUUUUUCAGAGGCUUUCACAGAACUCUCAAACUGCUUUCAUUGAACUUUCAUCCAUGAUUGAAACUAUUGUUUAUAACGUGAUUCAAAUUAAACCUCCAUAUGGACUUCUCAGUGCUACACAUGAGGGUGUCCUGUGGCAUAUGUUACAGGAAGAUUCCCCUCUACCACCAAACUACCUUUGGCAAGUGGAAAAGGAUAACAUGACAUUCACUGCUCAUGGUGCAGUUACUGGAGUAACUGAUCAAGUUAGUACCAUGCUGCUGCUUGGUUUAUUCAUAUCUAGAGGUCUGGUUUCUACACUAUUGUUGAAGCCAACUGAGUAUGGCCUGAUGGAUGAUGAACCCAGUAAUCUUGGCAUCUCUAACCUUAAGGUUUUGGGAUCAAUUCUUAUGAAAGUCGUUCGUGAAGUGUCCCUGUCCAAGGGGAAAAGGAUAAUGCCUCUGGCUUCCGAAAUCAGUUCCCAACUAUUUAGCGACAAUGAAAUGAAGUUUAUUUACAAGAAACUCAACGAGUCAUUGAUUUGGUGUAAGGCCAAUCUCAAGAGAUGGACAGAAGCUUAUUUAGAUUCACUCCGUAGGAGUUAAUUUGGCAAGUGCCAUGUUACCCGAGUGUUGAAUUACUUGUUGUUUGUUAAACAGCAACAAACUUAUUUUGUACUCAUCAUAGACAGAACAUUAGUUGAAAUUAAAGAGGAGCACCCGCUGCCCAAAAUAACCACAAGGGCUAGGGAAACAGGGAAGCCAUACUAAGUUCUAAUAUUGUCAGGUAAACAUAACACAUGCAAACACACAGUCGGACUAUGUGUACUAACAAUUAUGUAAUAACCCAAGUUAUUCUCGCAUUUUGAUUGGUUCUUGCCUAUGAUCUGUUAGAGAACAGACGCAUGAAUGACGUCAUCAUAACAAAGUUUUUCCCUCUUUGUUUUAAAAUGGAGGAAAGUUUUGAGAAUUAAGAUAAUACUUUACGUGACUGGGC